AUGGCGACUCCUCUCAACGUGUUGAUGAUCGGUACCGGCGAGUACACCACUGGCUUUGUCGGCGGUGGCAUGUCUGGCUCGGACAAGAAGGUGGGCGUUGUCGGCCUCACUCUCUUCGACCUGCGACGACGAGGCAAGGUCGGCCAGCUGGGCAUGGUCGGCGUCAAUGGCACCAAGUUUCCCGCAAUCCGCGAGCAUCUCAACAGAAACAUCACCCAAGUCUACAACAACCUCGACACCUCCUUCGACUCCUUCCCCGCCAACGACAAGAUCGACGCCGACGCCUACAAGGCCGCCAUCGACCUGCUCAAGCCCGGCGACGCCAUCACCAUCUUCACCCCUGAUCCCACGCACUACCCCAUCGCGCUGUACGCCAUCGAGCGCGGCGUCCACGUCCUCAUCACCAAGCCGGCCGUCAAGCUGCUGGAGCACCACGUCGAGCUGGCGCGCAAGGCCCAGGAAAAGGGCGUCUACGUCUUCAUCGAGCACCACAAGCGCUUCGACCCGGCCUACAGCGACGCGCGCUUCAAGGCCCAGACGCUGGGCGACUGGAACUACUUCUACUCGUACAUGUCGCAGCCCAAGUCGCAGCUGGAGACGUUCAAGUCCUGGGCCGGCAAGGACUCGGACAUCUCGUACUACCUCAACAGCCACCACAUCGACAUCUGCGACUCCAUGGUCCAGCAGCGCGGAUACCUGCCCGUCAAGGUCUCGGCCUCGUCGUCCAAGGGCGUCGCCACGAGCCUGGGCUGCGUCGAUGAGACCGAGGACACAAUCUCCCUGCUGGUCACCUGGGAGCGCAAGGACGAGCCCAACAAGCGCGCCAUCGCCGUCUACACAUCAUCGUGGACCGCUCCCCAGCGCGCCGGCAUCCACACCAACCAGUACUUCCACUACCUGGCCAAGGAGGGCGAGAUCCGCGUCGACCAGGCCCACCGAGGCUACGACGUCGCAGACGACCGCGCGGGCCAGCUGCAGUGGUUCAACCCCUUUUACAUGCGAUACGCCCCCGACGAGGACGGCAACUUCAACGGCCAGACGGGCUAUGGCUACAUUUCCAUUGAGAAGUUUGUCGACGGCUGCCGCGCGGUCAAUGAGGGCAGGGCGAAGCCGGAGGAUCUAGAUGCAAAGGGCCUGCCUACUCUGAACAACACGAUUGCGACGACGGCGAUUUUGGAGGCUGGCCGACGGAGUAUUGACGAGGGCCGCGAGAUUCAGAUUGUGGUGGAGAAUGGAGCUUGGAAGCUGGUGUAA